AUGGCAGAACGUAGCGGAGUGCCGUAUCCCAAGUAUCUCACCAUAUCCCGAUUGAACUCCGGCGACGGACUGCAACGUGUGUCGGUGGAGCUCAUCAGGAACGUGCUGGAAAACAUCAGCUGCGGUCCCAUCGAAUACUGCCAGAAGCUGAGCAACGGCACGGUGCUCGUCAAGACUUGGGGCAGCCUGAAUGCCGCAAAACUCGCGCAGGUGGGCUUCUUCUCGCUCUCCAGCAGCAUCGAUUUGGCGGUGAGGGAACAUUGGAGUCUCAACCAUGGCAGGGCCGUGAUGCAUUCGUACGAACUGGCGCAACACUGCGAGGCGGAGAUACUCCAGCAGCUGCAGGAGCACGAUGUCAUCCAUGUCAGCAAGAUCACUCGUAGGAGGAAGCGCAACAAGGAGCACGAGACGGGUUUGAUCAUACUGCAGUUUGCCCAUCCCUAUCCGCCGCCCAGCAUUCGAAUGGGUGACAAAGUCAUACGACUCCAUCCGUACGUGCCACAUCCAACGCGCUGCAGCAAUUGUCUGCUCUUCGGCCACCCUGCCAGGACGUGUCAACGUCCCAGGACCUGUGCAAACUGCGGCUAUGCGUACCACCUGACCGCCGGCGAGAGGUGCCAUCGGGCGCAGGCGUGCCUCAAUUGUCGGACGAGGAAGGUGCCCCACUCCAGGCAUCACACAUUCGACAGGGAGUGUCCCACUUUCAUCUGGGAGGAUCAGAUCCGGGCCAUCUCCAUCGUUUCGGGUGUCUCGCGGCGAAGAGCCAUUUCGAUCUACAAAAGCCACUCGCGCAGAGACAGACCAAUGUCCCAUUUUUCCGAGGUUGCCAGAUUGUCCUACCUGAAAUUAAGAGUGAGUGAGACCGUGUUUAAUUAA